GGGAAGUGGCGGCGCGAUGGAGUUCCCCGGAGGCAGCGACAAUUACCUGGCGAUCACCGGAGCCGCGCAUCCCUUCCUGAGCGGGGCCGAGACGUUCCACACCCCCAGCCUGGGCGACGAAGAGUUCGAGAUCCCCCCGAUCCCGCUGGACUCCGACCCUUCCCUGGCCGUGGUCGGAGCCUUCGAGGACCUGGCCGAGCCCGGCCCCCCUGCCCAGCCCCCCUUCGCCCCGGCCCCCUACGGCCUGGAGCUGCCCGUGGGGGUGGGCGUAGGGGUGGGGCUGGCCCCGCCCGUGGGCGUAGGGGUGGGGCUGGCCCCGCCCGGCAUCAUGGAGCAACCUGGGGGGCUCCUCAACAUGGAGCUGGAGUCGCCCAUGGGCUCGCAGUUUAACCCCUCGGCUCCCGUGGCCAUCGAGGUGCCCCUGGGGGCCCUGAGUCCAGCGGCGCUGCUGGGCGGGGCUUCGGCUUUGACCACGCCCCUCACCACCAUCGACCAAUCGGAGCUGAGUUCUCAGCUGGGGCUGGGUUUAGGCGGCGCUUCGGCCACGCCUCCCGGCCCCGCCCGGGCCACGCCCAGCCCCGAGCGCGCGAUCUCCUCGCCCGGCCCCUCCCCCAGCGGGUCCCUGCAGGAGGAGGAGAUGGAGGAGUUCCGCAGGCCUCCCGCGGCCGCUCCCUCCCCUCCGCCGAGCUCCGCGACCGCGGCCCUGACCACGACGCCGACCGCGCCGCCGACCCCCGCGCCGCCGACCCCCGCGCCGCCGACCCCCGCGCCGCCGACCGGCGCCUCCUCCGAGCCCCCGCGCCGCCCCAAACCCCCCAAAAAAUCCAAGAAGAAGAAAGACCCCAACGAGCCGCAGAAACCGGUGUCGGCCUACGCUCUGUUCUUCAGGGACACGCAGGCGGCCAUCAAGGGCCAGAACCCCAACGCCACCUUCGGGGAGGUGUCCAAGAUCGUGGCCUCCAUGUGGGACUCGCUGGGGGAGGAGCAGAAACAG